GGUGCCAGCUUAACUUUUGCAGCAAAUUGUGUAAUAGAACUUACACACACCACAACAUAAUGGAAAAAAUGUAUGAAGAGGUUGAAGAACCAGUGAGUCCUCAUGGACAAUAUUUCAACAGCACUGUAAUGUGUGCAUAUAUUUUUGCCUUUUUGGAAUUCGAUAUUCCUUUUGAUGAGCCACAACUUAUACCUAUGAUCAAAGAUCUCUUCCUCCCUAUCAAUCCACGCUUGUCCUCUAUUAUGGUUAGAGACAAAUAUGGUAAGAUGAGAUGGCAAAAGGUUGAAGUGAAGAUUCAAGAGAAUGUAAGGUUUCCUAAAUUUCAUGAGACGGCAAAUUCAUCAUCUAUUGAGCUAUAUGAUAAUUAUGUAACAAGCCUUCUAACUUCACAAACACCACAAGACAAACCACUUUGGGAAAUUCAUCUUAUCAACUAUCCAACAACCAAUGCUGCUAGCACCAUGAUAUUCAAACUUCAUCAUGCACUUGGUGAUGGUUACUCUCUCAUGGGUGCUCUCCUUUCUUGUCUUCAAAGAGCUGAUGAUCCUUCUCUUCCUCUCACUUUUCCUUCACGAGUACGACUAGAUCCAAAGUAUUCAAAGAAAAGCUUAUUUAAGAAGCUGUGUUUUGGUGUAAGUUCCUUUUUUAGCUCCGUAUCAGAUUUUGGAUCAAGCAUAAUCAAAACAAGAAUAAGUGAAGAUGAGAAAACACCUAUAAGGUCAGGAUAUCAAGGAAACGAAUAUCAGCCUGUUGCCUUGUCAAACAUAUUAUUAUCUCUCGAUCAAAUCAGACAAGUCAAAUCAAAACUCGGAGUGACUAUAAACGACGUGGUUUGUGGGGUAAUCUUCUAUGGACUUAGGCUAUACAUGAAAGAGAUGAAUGAGAAGACAAAAAGAGCGAAUUCCACGGCAAUUGUAAUGCUGAACACAAGAAAUAUCAAAGGCUAUCAAUCAUUGAAGGAAAUGCAAAAACCUGAGUCCAAAGGUCUUUGGGGAAAUAAAAUAUCUUUCUUACAAAUACCAAUACCUAAGCCAAACAAAUCAGGAAUUUCCAACCCUCUUGAGUUUGUUAUGGAAGCCCGUGACGUAAUCAAGAGAAAGAAACGUUCUUUCAGUGUAUAUCUCAUAGGUUUGAUCAUGGAUUUGGAGAUGAAAUUAAGAGGGUCUGAGGUGGUAUCUAAGGUAAUCUAUAACACAAUUGGUAACUCAAGUGUUCUCAUCUCAAACAUGGUAGGGCCAGUAGAGAAAAUGACUUUGGGAAACCAUCCAGUAAAUGGACUGUACUUCACCCAGACAGUUGGACCUGAGGAUAUAAACAUUGCAAUUAUGAGCUACAUGAAUACAUUAAGGAUCACAUUGAAAACCAUAAAGGGUUUCAUUGAUGAACAAAAGUUGAAAUUCUGCAUGGAUAAAGCAGUUGAAGUCAUAUUCAAAGCUGCUAUGGAGAUCUCUGUGAUACCCAUAAAAAAAUAAUUGGGACAUAGCGAGGAUGGAUUCAUGGAAUUAAGAUCAAAAAUUUUAUUUUAUUUUUUGAAGUAGUGUACUAAUGCUUGUGUUUUCAAGUAGCUGAUAAUUGUAAUGUUUAUGGAUAUUUGAAUCCUUCUUUAUGCUUGAGCAAGUAGUCUUUUCU